CAGCAUAACAUGACGUUCAGGGGAAAUUUGAUAGGUUAGGACCGAUGCCUUCUCUAUCUCGAACACCUUUGACUUUGAUAAACAGGCUGAUUUUCGUUAGCAUAUUGGUCGGAAGGAAAACGUGACGUGACACAGCUCGUCAUAUCGCGACGUUCUUCUGGUUCUUCAUCUCAAUGUUCCAUUUUCAGGAUUUACAAGUGUAUGAUACAUUUGACUCAUCGAUGACGCCACGACUACAUUCUUUAAUUAACAAGUUAUUAGGGGUCUAGUGCUAGAGACCUUUCCCUUUCAUCUGCGAAAUCCGAGAAGAAGAAGAACGUAAGUCGCGCUUAAGGCCAACUGUUUAUGUUCAGUAACGAUCUGUCACGAUGGAACCUGGGACGAGCAGUUCGACGGAUGAUUACGUGGAGAUAAUACGGAAAUUGCCUCUUUAUUUGAAAUUAGCCUAUGGCACAGGUCAUAUAUUAAAUGACAUCUGCGCUUCCAUGUGGUUCACCUAUUUACUGGUCUUCUUCCACCUGGUGCUUGGAUUUGAUCCGACUCUGGCUGGCGUUGUGCUUCUCAUCGGCCAAAUAGCAGAUGCUUUGGUCACUCCGUUCGUUGGUUUUCAGUCUGACAUAAACGACAACUUUUGGUUGUGCAGAUAUGGCAGAAGAAAGACCUGGCAUUUGUUAGGCACUAUUUGCGUACUAUUGGGAUUUCCUUUUAUAUUCUCGCAAUGUAUAGGCUGCGAAAGUGCACAUCAAUAUGCACAGCUAGUUUAUUAUGCUGCUUUUGUAGUGAUUUUUCAAUUUGGUUGGGCAGCGGUACAAAUAUCACAUUUGGCCUUAGUCCCAGAGCUUACACCUGCUGAAAAGGAAAAUUCUAUCACAAUAUUAAAUAGGUUCACAUUUACUGUUUUCUCCAAUGUUCUUGUUUACUGUAUUAUGUGGGGUGUACUACAUGUAACGAGUGACGAGUAUGAUGAUCAUAUUGGACCUAGUGACAUUCACAAAUUUCAAAAAGUUGUUUUAAUUGGAAUAGCAACUGGAUUAGUAACAUCUAUUAUAUUUCACGUUGUUGUUAAAGAAAGUGCUAAUGGUACUGCUAAUGGUAGCUUUAUGCAUAGGAACGCUAGAACAGCAUCAGUAUUAUUGAGAGACGUCAGAAUGUAUCAAGUAGCAUGUGUCUAUAUGCUUACACGCCUAUUCAAUAAUUUAUGCCAAAUUUAUAUACCUUUGUACUUACAUGAAUCACUGAAUAUGCCUGUGACAUCUUUGGCUUAUAUACCAUUGACAAUGUAUCUAAGUAGUUUUUUAACGUCUUUAAUCAUAGAAAGGCUCAAUACAAAAUGGGGUCGAAAAGUCGCGUAUUCUAUCGGUGCUUUACUUGCGAUAUGUGCCUGUAUUUGGAUACAAUUUGGUAAUGGUGACAUAUACGUUAAAUAUCAAAUCUAUGUUGUAGCUAUGCUACUAGGUUCUGCUGGUGCAAUAAUGUUAGUGACUAGUCUUGGUGUUACUUCCGAUCUAAUAGGAAAAAAUACUGAGAGCGGUGCCUUUGCCUACGGAAUUAUGAGCUUUACAGACAAGCUUAGUAACGGUCUAGUGGUUAUGUUGAUUCAGUAUUUAAUAAAACACUGUUCGUCUGGUUAUGCUAGUUAUUACUACAGAGACAUUCUUACAUAUGCCUGUGGAGUAUCCGCGAUAUUUGCUUUACUGAUGAUUUUAUACAUCAAACCAUUCUCACGUACUACAGUUUUUGAUACAUUACGCAACGAUGAUGAUGAAGGUUUCAUAGAAACUCCAAAUGCAGUUGAUGGAAAUUCCUCUUUAAAUCAAUCUCAAGCCGAUAUACAUUGAUAUAAUGUAAUACUUAAUUUACAAUUUGUAAAUUAUUUAGCUCUCCAAAAAAUGGAAUGUAAAGAUAUUGAUAAUAUUAAGAGAGAAAGAACAGUACUUGCUAUUGUAGGCUGCGGAGUACUCUAUCAGCACUGUUUAUUUUACGCUAUCCUUGUUUCAAGUCUAAUGGAUGAUGACGAUAGAAUAACAAAUAGCGCUGAUAACGUUUUCUCGAACGUUAUGUGAUAUAUAGUAAGCAAAC